AUGAGCGACAAAACAUCGUCGAAGAAGUCAACGUCGAAAGUGGACGACGAUCGGAUGAUUGUUGUGGAAACUCAAAUGAGCGUGAAGGAGAGAAGAAAGAAAGUGAAGAAGUUCACUAAACUUAUCGCUAGCAGCGUCAAAGUGGAGGACGAGACAAAGUUGCAACUCGGGGAGUUGACAACAAAAUGCAGCGAACAGGAGGCGGAUGCGAUUCUGGAGCCGAUGAGAAUUUUCCACAGAGAGUUGUUGGAAAAGUUCGAAGAAAUCGGAGGAGAUGAAUGA